GCUCUCUUUUCUCCUAAUUCUUCACAAAAAGAAAUGGCUCCUCCUUCUUCCUCAUCCUCCGACCCUCUCUUUCAAGACUUGUACUUCUCAAGAAGACUGCUCCUACAUGGCCCUCUUCACCAGACACCAAACACGGCAACCGCGCCAUCAUAUAGUAGAAGCACCCGUGAAGAACCUUACUCUCCUGGCUACAACAGCUUUGACUCCAACGUUGUGAUGAUCCUGGCUGUCCUAUUGUGUGCCGUAAUUUGCUCUUUAGGAUUAAAUUUCAUCAUUAGGUGUGCACUAAGGUGCUCCAGUUUUGUGUCCUCCGACACGAAUGGCCAUAAUUCCUCAGUUAGGCUAGCCAAUACCGGGGUGAAGAGGAAGGCCUUGAAGACCUUCCCGAUUGUGAACUACUCGGCGGAAUUGAAGUUGCCUGGGUUGGAUUCCGAGUGCAUAAUCUGCCUCUCCGAAUACGCCAUCAACGACCAGGUCCGGAUACUGCCGAAGUGCCACCAUGGGUUUCACGUCCGGUGCAUCGACAAGUGGCUCAACUCGCACUCCUCAUGCCCGACCUGCAGGCACUGCUUGAUCGAGACAUGCCAAAAGAUCAUGGGUUGCGGUGGUGCUCAGGCUAGCGUUUCAGGACCGUCACCGUCAUCUCCUGCUCAGGCUUUCCAAAUCACCAUCGCGCCACUAGAGCCAGAAGGGCCAGCGCGCAAUUAUCACGGAGUUGACUAGGUAGGUGAGCUCAGAGUAGUUGACAUAACUAGUUAGGAAAAUGUUAUUGGAGUUGCACAUUGCGGUGCAGAGGUUGUUAGCCAAAGUGGUGGGUCAUAAAACCCAACAAGGGGAAUAGCCAAAAGAUAAGUGUGUUUUCAUCAAAGCGCUACCUUUUGAUUACCCCGCAUAGAAGGGAAAAAAAACAAAGGAGAUUUGAUACUUUUACCAAAUCCGGGCACGUGCAAUAGGAAAUCUUGAUGUUUUGGUCA